UUGCUUUUUAGAUAUGUUUUUGUAGCUCGGUGCAUCGCCUACCCAUUCUAUUCCAAACCACCCCCUGAACCAACUCGAAGGUAUACGAAAAUUUCCAAAAGUCAGCUUGCUGCGCUCAAGGCUCGAUUCCAAUCUUUCCUCAGCGGCGAACUGGAUAUAGUCGGCGAUGAGGCCUUUAACAAUGCAAUACAAAGCUAUUACGAUGCAAGUUUUCAUUUUGAUCGGUUAUCCACAAUGGUUAAGGGCGGUGGUUGCUCCAUGCACGACUUCCGAGAAGUGUUUCGACGAAACAUCGAAUGUCGGAUACAGUGUUUGCCAGACAUUGAAGGCCUUGAUAAGGCAAACAUAAUAAGCGCCUGGAUUGUAAAAUUUGACCAAAUAUGCAGAGGUGGCGUCGGACCAUCAGCAGCAAUUCAGCAGCUGCAAUUUCCACAGCCAGAGCUAAUACUCACAAAGGAACAUCUCUACGAUAUGUUUCAGAACGUUCUGAAUGUGAAGAAGUACGAGCACCAGAUUCUGUUCAAUGCCAUGCAAGAAGCAUUUGCGGACAAAUUGUCGCCAGCUUUUUAA